AGAUAUACUCGCAGCAGUAUCUGGUCGUGAGGAUCCCAGGGGGACACGUGUUGGGAAUUUCGUGUGUUGAAGGGUACCACCGGCGCAGUCACGGGGACCCUUUGGGCGUGGUCUUGCGAUGAUGCGGAAGGUUUGCGUGCGUGCUGCGCACUUGCUCUUCUUUUUCUUCCCUCUAUCUCCACCACCACCACCGUCUCUCUCCAAUCAAGUUUCCUUCUCCCACUCUCUCUCCAACUCUCGCUCAACCUCUCUCUCUCGGCCUAACACGGCCGACUACCCAGUGCCCCAAAGCAACGUCCAGAACGUGCUUGCUGCACCCCGCGUAGUUUACCUUUCACACUAGUGCGACGAUAUCACGGUAUCUGCGCGCGGGCGUAGCCUUCCAGGGGUUGUGCAGUCACGCGCAAUCGGUAGACUCCCAUAACAACAUAAAUCAGUAUAUCUAACAGAGGGUAUCGACCUCUCCGCCCUUGGCGAGCAAGAACUACAGAAAAAAGUGGAGGAGAUCGUCCAGCAACGAGUACAAGCCGAACUUGAAGCCAACGGGAUCAACGAGGGUGAAGUCACCUACGCCCAACCACCAUCAGCCGGGAACCCAGUCCCACCUACCGGCAGUCAGCCAUCACCCUCCAGCCAUGGACUGGAAGGAGUUGGAGAUGAGAGAGUCCAAGAGUCCACAGGAUUACAUUGCCCGCUCAGAGGCCCUUCGCCUGCGUCUCGCAUCUGUAGGCACAAUGAAGGAUGAAUCAGAUGCCAACAAAGACAUUGCUCGAGGCCUUGCCUCUUCGUUGUAUGCCGUGCAAAAAGGAAUACUGCUUGCCCAUGAUGUCCUGACGUUGCGUACCCUUGAGACUGUGGUGAGGGACGCCCACAUGAAGAUGGAGCGCGAGAGGAGCAAGGGGGAGAGGCGCGAGGUGGAGCUCGCUCUCGCCGCGUCCGGCAUGGGUCGGCGCGGCGGGGGAAGUGGGGGGGCAUCCGGAGGUCAAGACGGCGGUCAGGUAGUAGCUGGCGGCCAAAAUCGUGACGGAGAGAACAAAAAUAGUGACGUGCUCAAUGACAACCCCGGCGGAUUUUGCCGCUACCACCAGUCCGCGCUUCACACCAACGAGCAGUGUCGUCUCCAGCAGCAACUGCGGCGCGCGCGUUCGAGAGAGGGCGCCGCGGAACGCCGCUCGGGCGGCGGCAGCCGCGGUGGCGGCGGUAGCCAGCGAGGGGGCAGACCGCCGCCGGGGCCAGGCCGCGGUGGCGGCCGAUGGGCGUACGUUGUGUACUACGCCCACGAUGAUGGUGGCUACUACGAAGACUACGGCGAAUACGACGACGGCUACUACCUGAACGGCGGCGACAACCACCCGAGCGGCACCGUCAAGGUCCUCAAGGCGUCCACCGGCCGCGUCGUCUACACCAACAACGUGUCGUGGGAGACGUCGGCGCCAGCCGGUGAGGGGGGUUCCGCUGGUAUUACCGCUGCGCCGACACCCCCCCCGUUCACGCCGCCGGUCGUCUCGAUCAACUUUGGCCCAGCACCGACGCCUUCGACUGCCGCAACGCCGCCGCCAGCGACCACGCCACCGCCCGCUCCCACGCCUUCACAACCGCCCUCUGCCACUUCGCCGUCACCGUCGGCGACCCCCGCUCCUGGCCAGCCGUCCUCUGCCUCUUCGCUGUCACCGUCGGCGACCCCAGAUUCAGACCAGCCGCCGCCGCCGCCGAACCCCGCGAUGCCCGCGCUUACGGCUCACGCCAUGCGGCAGCUUCACCCGGGUACAAAGGCCGAGGUUACAACAGACGCGCGGCUGCCAAGCCGUACGAGAUCGGGCACAAGGCACAGCACAGGACUCAUCUCGAUGCUAGACAAGAAUACUCUGGUGUCG